AUGACAUCAUUCAAUAUGGUGUAGCAUGGCAGAAGCGUAUGACUUCAGUUCCGUGAAAGGGCGUUAAUAGAGCAGAAGCAGCGGUAGAAGAAGAAGAACAAGAAAAGAUAUGAACGCUCCCGACCGCUAUGAACGUUUCGUCGUCCCUGAAGGCACCAAAAAGGUGUCGUACGAGAGGGACACGAAGAUAAUCAACGCUGCAUCGUUCACCGUCGAGAGAGAGGACCACACAAUCGGCAACAUUAUUCGCAUGCAAUUGCACAGGGACCCGAAUGUUUUAUUCGCCGGGUACAAGCUUCCUCACCCCCUUCAGUAUAAAAUCAUUGUUAGAAUACACACCACAAGCCAGUCAUCACCAAUGCAGGCGUAUAACCACGCUAUCAAUGAUCUUGACAAGGAACUUGAUCAUUUGAAGAAUGCUUUCGAGACUGAGUUGGCAAAGCAUUCAAGAGAGUACUAACUACUAAUAUGCUUUGAAGGCAAGCAAUGGAGCAGCGUGUUCAAUGUUCACGUUUAGGGUGCUUCUUCUCAGUUGGAAUUUGGAAGGGUCAGAAUUUUACAGGAAUUUUACUUUGAAUUUGAUGUUGUGUAAUGGAUUAAUGAACCUCUAUGCAGUCAGGAAGAAUGUUAAAUAUACUAAUGAGGAGUUUGUCUUUUCUUAAAAAAAUGUUCUAAUGAAGAAUUUGAUGGUAGUUCAAUUAA